AUGGCUAAGGCCAUUCCAAUUGUCAUGCCUAGUACAAACCAUCGACUUUGUACAUGGCAUUUGAUGCAAAAUGCCAUGAAGCAUGUGAGUUCCCUCUUUCAAGAUGUUGGGGUAAAGGGUGUCUUUUCAAAAUUUAUGCAUCAAAUUGAUGAUGAAGAAGAAUUCAAAAUACAAUGGGACCAAAUUCUUCAUAGGUAUGAUGCACACAACAAUCAUUGGUUGGCGCAAACUUUUGGUGUGAAGGAGAAAUGGGGAUGGCCAUAUAUUAUGAAUUCUUGGGCAGCUGGAAUGAGUACUACUCAACUUAGUGAAUCAUUCAAUGCAUUUUUGAAGGAUUAUCUCAAUUGUGAUCAUAACUUGAUGGAAUUUUUCAAGCAUUUUGAGAGGGUGCUCUAUGACAAAAGGUAUAAAGAAUUGGAAGCCGAGUAUAAUUUGUGUCAAAAAUUGCCAAGGGUUGCCAUUCCAACUGUGAUGUUAAAGCAAAUGGCAGAUAUUUACACCAAAACAAUUUUUGAGGAAUUCCAAAAUGAGUACGUGCAGUCCAUUGAAGCGUCCAUUGUAGGCACUAUUCAUGAUGGUGAGAGUACCAUAUUCACAAUUCAAACGGAUGUAGAUGGAAAAAAAGAUAAGAAUGUGACAAUGGAUAGAGAUGGUUUUUUGAGUUGUAGUUGCAAGAAGUUUGAAGUGAAGGGCAUAGUGUGUCAACAUUGUUUAAAGGUGCUUAGAGAGAUAAUCAAUGCAAAGGACCUUCCUGCACAAUACAUACUCAAACGAUGGACUAAAAAAGCAAGGGCUGAAACUGUGAAAGAUAGGCGUGGGUAUGAUGUGAAGGCUGAUGUCAAACUACAUCAAAGCGACCGAUAUAGGUCAUUGAUGAAUAUGUUUAGAGCUAUUGCAAGUAGAGCCGCCGAAAGUGAAGAAACUUAUCAUUUGUCACUUGCAAAAGAGUGA